CUCGUGUGGAUAGAAAAUGAACGGGCAGAACAAACUGGAUAUGGAGUAUCGUGUCAUCUUCUCAUUCGAAGUUUCGAAGGAUCGCUUCAGAUAUGGCAAAAGCGCAAACAUCUCGUCUCCAAUUUUAACAGUUGAUGAUGGAAUGAGAUAAAGAAAGAAUAUUUUUGGGACAUCAAUGGCCUGUGGUCUUUCUUUUUGAUAUUUAUUUCCUGAGUUGUUCAAAUUAUACAGAAUAUAUAGAUUGUGCUAUUUUGGAGGGUUACUAUAUGUUGUGAUGCAAAAGCAGAAUAUUCUAUAUUCCAAUGCCUCUUUCGGUUUGGGAAGCAACCCAGAUAGAAAAUGUGGUUCUAGAAUUCCUCAUGUAGUUCCAAGAAUGCGAUGUAACACCAAAUCGUGUCUUGUUUGGACCAAAAUUAUACCGAUCUCUAAAACAGUAGGCUUGGAUUUUCUAAAGAAAAGUGACACUUUUCAACCUGGAAGAAUCAAAGGUGUGGCUGAUGGCAAUCCAGGUGAAUUAUCUGAUGAAGAUGAAGAUCUUUGUCCUGCGGAUUGUGUUAGAGAAUUUAAAACAGAUGAAGAAUUCUUAAAAAUUAUUGAAAAAGCCAAAGAAACUGGUUCUUUAGUUGUGGUAGAUUUUUAUCGUACUUCUUGUGGAAGCUGCAAGUAUAUAGAGCAGGGGUUUGCAAAAUUAUGCAGGGGAGCUGGUGAUGAAGAGGCUGCAGUCAUUUUCUUAAAGCAUAAUGUAAUCGACGAGUACGAUGAGCAAUCCGAGGUUGCUGAGAGGCUUAGAAUCAAGACAGUGCCCCUCUUCCACUUCUACAAAAAUGGAGUCUUAUUGGAAGCAUUUCCUACCAGAGACAAAGAAAGGAUUACUGCAGCAAUUCUUAAAUACACAUCCACAUGAACUAAUGCAAAAUAAUGCAAAACAGAGAUGUAUGUAACUAUGGUUAAAUGCUAUGAAAUAUUCAUCUGUAACAAAAGAUAUUUAGUCUUUGAAUGAAGAGUAAAAUUCUCCAUCUUCAUUUUCAA